CGUACACAAAUCUGCUUCCUGUUUACGUUUGUUGAGCACUUUCUCAGAGCGAGAAGAAACAGCAUACAUCGCGAACUUCACCUGGAAACAGGCUCCGCAUUAGUUUUGUUCAGAACCGUCGCUGUCCGUGCACCUGCAGCCGAUCCUGUCUGUUAGACAGGCCGUUUCAAUGCAUUUCAGAGAAGCUUUACCGCCGCGCAGAUGGACGCUGUUGAUCUGUUUUCAAGCUGCAGAAAGGGCGACAUUGCCAGAGUGAGAUACCUGGUUGAACAUAGGGAUGUAGAACUGAACAUCAGAGAUAAGUGGGACAGCACACCUCUGUAUUAUGCAUGUCUCUGUGGACAUGAAGAGCUGGUGCAGUACCUGCUUGCCAAUGGAGCAAAGUGUGAGGCGAACACGUUUGACGGCGAGCGCUGUCUGUACGGAGCGCUGAGCGACCCCAUCCGCCGCCUGCUCAAAGAGUACAAGCGCAUCACGGCGAAGGCCAUGCAGAGAGACUAUUACGACCAGUUCCUGCAGACGCUUUUGGAGCAGGGGAGCUACAGCGAUGUGACGUUUAUGGUGCACGGUGAGAUGUUCAAGGCCCACCGCUGUAUCUUGAGUGCCCGAUCAGAAUACUUCGCCCACAUGCUGGAGACCAAGUGGAGGGGGAAGAGUGACAUCACCCUCAAACAUCCACUGGUCAACCCUGCUGCAUUUGGUGCAAUCAUGCAGUAUUUCUACACUGGCCGUUUGGAUAUAGAUGUGAAUUACGUGGAGGACUGCAAGCGUUUGGCGAAACAGUGCAAGAUCAGCGAGCUGAUAGAGGAGCUGGAAGUGAAGUGCAAACAGGUUUAUGAGUUUGUGUCUAAUAAGCCCGGGACGUGUGUGAAGGUGUUGACUCUGGAUCCUCAUGACUUUCAGCUGCAGGAUGGAAUGGCUCUGCUGGCUGACAGCGCACUUCCUGCUGAGCUGCGGGUUGGAUACGGUCAGCUUCCUUUCGAUCUAACUGAUAGUUUUCCGAGUUACCCAGACAUCUGCUUCCGGGUGGAGGGCUAUGACUUCCUGUGUCAUAAGGCGUUUUUCUGUGGUCGUAGUGAUUAUUUUAAGGCGCUGGUGGAGGAUCAUUUCAGCGAGGGUGAAACUCUGCAGACUCAUCCCAGGAUUCCUGUCAUCACCCUUCAUGAUGUGUCUCAUGAUUUGUUUACGAGAAUCCUUUACUACAUCUACAGUGAUAACACUCAGCUCUCUCAUGAGAACGUGUCUGAGGUUCUGUGUGUGGCUGACAUGUAUCUGUUACCGGGUCUGAAGCGUCUGUGUGGCAGGACUCUGGCCGCGCUGCUCAACGAGGAGAACGUGCUGCACAUGUGGAAGACGGCCAAACUGUUCCGGCUCUCGCGUCUGGAGGACCAGUGCACUGAAUACAUGGCCAAGAUCAUAGAGCGGCUGGUGGAGAGGCCAGAGUUUGCUGAUAUGAUCAGAGAGGAUGCUGGGAAUGUGGCCGCCAGGCAGGAAACUGAUUCCAUCCCUCUGGUAGACGAGAUCCGUUUCCACAUCGCCAGUAACGUUCAGACGUACAGCGCCAUCGAGGAGGCCAACCAGAAACUCAGCGCCCUGGAGCUCCUGCUGGCCAGCAUCGGGCUGGAGUGCUGAGGAACACAGCUAACACGAGGUCUGGAGGCCGAUCCAUCAAAUAUUACCAAAUGCUUUACAUGCACAAAUAAUCCGUAGCAAACUAGCACCACAUUAGCAGUAACUAACUAAUAUGGUCAAUUUUUUUUGUUUUUUAUGAACAAAAAAAAGCUUGACAUUUUGACAUUUCACCGGCAGUGAGCUUUAUAUAUCAGAACAAGUUCUUUGUGAUAUUUGGACAUACGCUGUUCAUUCUUCCAUAUGUGUCAUGACAGAUGUAGCAGAAUAUUUAACAAGCUUUAUAGGAAACUUUAUGUUUGAGUCAAAACAAUGCUGUUACAUCACCGAAUAUGAUCUGAGCCAGUGAUUAAUCUAGGAUGAGGCAACUCUUUAAGAAAGGAAUGAUUUAUUGACAUGCAUUUAAGAAAAGGAGUGCUCUGAAAAAGAAUCUUUUUUGAGAUGUGUUUCAUGAUAGGACUGACAAUUCUAAAAUCUUCCAUUUUUGAUCCAAGAAUGAAUUAGGAAAGGAUUCCACUUGCGUUCUCUCUAGAGUUUGAGUGAGAGUUUACAAAUAGAUAAUUAUUUAUGCUUUGAAACGCGUGUUCACUUAUAAAUGUAUCUUCCAGCACUGAUAGAGAAGUUUUCCAGCUUUGCAUCCACAGACUUCUGGUAAUAUGCAUGCAAUAUUUGCAUAGAAUUACUCCAUGAUAUAAUCAGGAUACAUGCUCCUAAAGUACUUAAUAUUUCUCCACCUAAACAUUUUUUCCUGCAUUGCUUUUAUUUUAUUUCAUAGCCUUUUAUUUAUUGUGUUUUAUGCUGGUCUUGCAGUUUCCUUUCCUAUGAUUUAUUGUGGGAUGCUCUGACUGAAUGGGAUGUACAUAAGUGAGCAAAAAUAAAUAUUAUUUAAUGUACA